AUGUAUCUCUCAGUCGCGAAGGAAGGCUUGUCGAAGAGAGACGCUGGCAUGGCUCCUGAGUUGAGGCAGGGUGACGUCAUUAAAUAUCUUGGAGAAUUGUUCCCUUGGGGUGGCCGAAACUGGUUUCAGCCUGUCUUUGGUGGAUUCGGGGGAGGAGGUGGACUCGGAGUAUACGGAGGUUACGGAGAUUACAGAGGUUACGGAGAUUACAGAGGAUACGGAGAUUACAGAGGAUACGGACGCUAUUGAUACCCACCAUGUUUUUAGUUGGACCUAGUUUUAUCAAUAUAUACGUCGCAAAAACGCUUUUUAAGAGAAGGAAUGAAAUGACAUGGAUUUCUCUGUGUGAUUUGAAAG